UCUUAUCAUAUGCUCAUAUCAUAUCCAAAAAAUGGCAACCUUCUUUGGAUCACCACCAUUUGUGUCUCACCCAAUUACCAGAACUAACUUCUCUUCAUCCUCACAAACCCCUCCUCCUCCUCAGCCACCAAAUCAACCUCCACAACCACAAACUCCACCACCAUCUCAAAAUCUAAGUGCAACUUCUUCAGAGCCUCCAUCACCUGCCCCAGCAGCUAAUGUGCAGCAGCAAAAGCCUAGUAGUAAACCUGCCCGCCUAUCGACAACUGCAGAAUCUACUGAUUGGAUUGCCUCUUCCUUAACAAGGAGAUUUGGCCUUGGUGCUGGACUUGCUUGGGCUGGUUUUCUUGCUUUUGGUGUUGUUUCUGAGCAAAUCAAGACUCGCCUUGAAGUGUCUCAACAAGAAACAAAUACAAGGGUUGUCGAGAAAGAAGAAGAAGUGGUCUUGCCCAAUGGGAUAAGAUAUUAUGAACUGAAAAUCGGCGGCGGCGCAACUCCACGGCCAGGAGACUUAGUUGUGAUAGAUGUGAAGGGAAGUGUAGAAGGCAGUGGAGAAGUAUUUGUGGAUACAUUUGGUGGUGAUGGUAAGAAGAAGAAGCCAUUGGCAUUAGUAAUGGGAUCAAGGCCUUAUAGUAAGGGAAUUUGUGAAGGUAUAGAAUAUGUUCUAAAAAGUAUGAAAGCUGGUGGAAAACGAAGAGUGAUUAUUCCUCCUAAUUUGGGAUUUGGUGAAGAAGGAACAGAUUUAGGAACGGGAUUGCAAAUUCCUCCAUCUGCUACUCUUGACUAUAUUAUUGAGGUUGACAAGGUUUCUAUUGCACCUGCUUAAUUGAUUUCAUUUGCUAAUCUUUUUCUACAUUUGCUAAUCUUUUUGCUAAUUUCUGUUGUUGCAAUUAAGUUGGGUACACUUGUGAGUUAUUGCUAGCUUGGUCAGUGGAAAGCAAAUUACGUAUACUCAAAUUCAAUAGAGCAAAAUCUCGUGUCUAUCUUUUCAUUACCGAGAUUUGGA